AUGAGGGUGACACUUCUCCCCUGCCUCAGCUCCCUCGGGACGUGGGGUGUGCCUCAGGCCCCAUUGCAAGGUGUGCACAUGUGGGCCCUGGGAAAGCCCACUUGCACCCUCCUGCGGGACCGGAGCCCUCCGGGGCUGUGGGGAGGCUGUGGGGACAGUCUCGCAGCGGGGAUGGCCCCUCAGCCGUGCGGGGGCCGCCUGAACUCCAAGGAUGCCGGGUACAUCACCUCCCCGGGGUACCCCAACGACUACCCCUCCCACCAGAACUGUGAGUGGGUCAUCUAUGCCCCUGAACCCAACCAGAAGAUUAUUCUCAACUUCAACCCUCACUUUGAAAUCGAAAAGCACGACUGCAAGUAUGACUACAUCGAGAUCCGAGAUGGGGACAGUGAAGCAGCAGACCUGCUGGGCAAGCACUGUGGGAACAUAGCACCUCCUACCAUCAUCUCUUCUGGCCCCUCUCUCUAUAUCAAGUUCACCUCGGACUAUGCACGGCAAGGGGCCGGCUUCUCCCUGCGCUACGAGAUCUACAAGACAGGCUCUGAGGACUGCUCCAGAAACUUCACUGCCUCCAAUGGCACUAUUGAGUCUCCAGGUUUCCCUGACAAGUAUCCACACAACCUGGACUGCAUCUUCACCAUCAUAGCCAAGCCAAAGACAGAAAUCCUCCUCCACUUCUUGCUCUUUGACCUCGAGCAUGACCCGCUGCAGGCGGGGGAAGGAGACUGCAAGUACGACUGGCUGGACAUCUGGGACGGCAUCCCUCAGGUUGGCCCCUUGAUAGGCAGGUACUGCGGCACUAAGAUGCCAUCAGACAUCCGCUCAACCACCGGUGUCCUCUCGCUCACCUUCCACACGGACCUGGCAGUGGCUAAAGACGGUUUCUCUGCUCAGUACUCCUUGAUCCAGCAGGAAGUCCCGGAAAACUUCCAGUGCAACGUGCCACUGGGGAUGGAGUCUGGCAGGAUCUCCAACAUGCAGAUUAGUGCCUCCUCCACCUACUCAGACGGGCGAUGGACCCCUCAACAGAGCCGGCUCAACAGUGAUGACAAUGGCUGGACUCCCAAUGUAGACAGCAACAAAGAGUACCUCCAGGUGGACCUCCACUUCCUGACUGUGCUCACAGCCAUUGCCACACAAGGUGCCAUCUCCAGAGAAACCCAGAAUGGCUACUAUGUCCGUACCUACAAGCUAGAGGUCAGCACCAAUGGGGAGGACUGGAUGAUGUACCGACACGGGAAAAAUCACAAGACAUUUCAGGCCAAUGAGGAUGCCACGGAGGUGGUUCUCAACAAGAUCCACAGCCCGGUGCUCGCACGCUUUGUGCGCAUCCGUCCCCAGAGCUGGCACAACGGGCUGGCCCCGCCCGGCUGCCGCAUCACCGAUUCGCCUUGCUCCAACUUGCUGGGAAUGCUUUCUGGCCUCAUCCCUGACUCGCAGAUCUCAGCCUCUUCUAUCAGAGGCUAUGACUGGUCUCCCGGCAUGCUCCCCCGCGUCCGCUCAGGCUUGUUUCCACGUGCCCCCCAAUCCCAGCCUUGGGAGGAGUGUCUGCAGGUGGACCUUGGUGUCCCGAAGAAUAUCAAAGGCGUCAUUAUCCAGGGGGCUCGAGGAGGGGACAGUGUGACCACCACAGAGUCCCGCUCCUUCGUGAAGAAAUUUAAGGUGGCCUACAGCAUGAAUGGAAAGGACUGGGACUUCAUCCAGGACCCCAAAACAAUGCAAGCCAAGCUUUUUGAAGGCAACAUCCACUAUGAUAUCCCUGAAGUCCGGAGGUUUGACCCUGUUCCUGCAGGAAUGCGCCUGGAGGUGCUGGGCUGCGACUGGACAGAUGUAAAGCCCACUGCAGAGACACUGGUGCCCACUUUGAAGAGCGAAGGGACCACCACCCCAUACCCAACUGAGGAAGAGGCAACUGAGUGUGGUGAUAGCUGUGGAGAAGAGGAGGAUUUCCAUCUCCCUGCAAACUUCAACUGCAACUUUGAUCUCCCUGAAGACCUCUGUGGUUGGUCACACGACUUGGCAACGGGUUAUACAUGGUCUUUUCAGCCUACAAACACCUGGACUGGCAACUCUGAACCAAGCCCUGAGACUGUGCCUGACGGCAAGAAUUACCUGCAGAUGCAGAGCAGCAGACGGAGGGAAAGCCAGCGAGCCCGGCUCAUCAGCCCCACCAUCUAUCUGCCCCGGAGCGCUGUCUGCAUGGUCUUCCAGUACCAGGCGUGGGGCAGCAAUGGGGUGAUGCUGCGGGUCUGGCGGGAAGCCAGCCAGGAGCACAAGGCGCUGUGGGUCAUCACGGAGGACCAAGGAGAAGAGUGGAGGGAAGGCCGCAUCAUCUUGCCGAGCUACGACAUGGAGUACCGGAUUGUGUUUGAGGGAUUUAUACGCAACGGCCACUCGGGAGAGCUCGCCCUUGAUGACAUCCGGCUAGGCACCGACAUCCCACUGGAGAACUGCAUGGAACCCAUCACAGCUUUCCCAGUGAACUUCCCAAGAAUGGAGGAUGACUUUCCAAUCUCUGAGCAAGACUUUGAAGACAAUGAUCCAGAUUACUUUGGAUCGGAUAGGAACGACACACUGUUCUCUACUAACUCUCCAGGAACCCCGAAGCUGGACAAAGAAAAAAGUUGGCUCUACACCCUGGAUCCCAUCCUGGUGACCAUCAUAGCGAUGAGCUCUCUCGGCGUCCUCCUUGGGGCCAUCUGUGCCGGUCUGCUCCUCUACUGCACAUGCUCAUACGCCGGGCUGUCCUCACGGAGCUCUACCACGCUGGAGAACUACAACUUCGAGCUGUAUGAUGGCAUCAAGCACAAGGUCAAGAUGAACCACCAGAAGUGCUGCUCAGAGGCCUGAUGGGUGCCCUGGGGAUCACCCUCAGCAUUGCGCCCAGUGAGGUGGGCUGGCGGGGGGUUACUUUUUUGCUGUUUUCUAUGGGAACUGAAUGCCAUAACGAGGAAUGAGGGGCGCGGGAGCAGCAAGGGGAGGCGCUACUCCUGCCGCCGUGUCCCACUGGUGGGUCAUGCUCUGCCAGGACCGGGCGGGUGUUCCUGCCAACCGGACUGUGCCGGGCAAGGGGGGACCAAGACCCU